GGCGCGUUCAGCGACGCACGAAAUCUACGCCUCAGAAGAUCACGACGAAAGACUCUGAACUGUGUUAUCCCCUACCGUUGGCGGUCGGCCGCAGAACCGCGCGCGCAGGGGGAGCCAAUGGCGAUCGUGGCCGUGCUCGUCGCGCCCACCGCGAGCUCCGUCGGGCCGCGCCGCCGGUGGCGCGCCGCGGCAGCCUCGUCUUCGGCGGCCUCCGGGGUGGACCUUAAAGGUCUGCAGGCCGCCAUCGACAAGAAAAGCAGCGAUGAUGUUAAGGAGGCGCUGGACCAGCUCAGAGAGCUCGGAUGGGCCAAGCGGUGGAGCUCGCAGCCCUACGUGUCGCGCCGCACGACAUCUCUGCGGGAGCUCACUACCCUUGGAAUCAAGAAUGCUGAGAAUCUAGCAAUUCCAAGUGUUAGAAAUGAUGCGGCAUUUUUGUUUACAGUUGUGGGUACCACUGGAUUCUUAGCCGUCCUUGCAGGCCAGCUCCCUGGGGAUUGGGGCUUCUUUGUUCCCUACUUGAUUGGAAGCAUUUCAUUGAUCGUAUUGGCUGUCGGAAGCGUUGCUCCAGGUCUUCUGCAAGCAGCAAUUGGAGCAUUUUCUACGGUCUUUCCUGACUAUCAGGAGAGAAUAGCUAGGCAUGAAGCUGCCCACUUCCUAGUCGCCUAUUUGAUUGGCCUACCUAUCCUUGGAUAUUCUUUGGACAUCGGAAAGGAGCAUGUUAAUUUGAUAGAUGAGCAGUUACAAAAGCUAAUAUACAGUGGGAAACUUGAUGGAAAGGAACUAGACAGGUUAGCUGUAGUUUCAAUGGCAGGGCUGGCUGCUGAAGGUCUACAAUAUGACAAAGUUGUAGGUCAAUCAGCAGAUCUUUUCACCCUUCAGAGGUUCAUAAACAGAACUAAGCCGCAACUAAGCAAAGAUCAACAACAAAACCUUACCAGAUGGGCAGUCCUAUUUGCUGCAUCACUUCUGAAGAACAAUAAGGCAGCCCAUGAAGCGCUUAUGUCAGCGAUGUCCCAAAAGGCAAGCGUGUUGGGGUGCAUUGAAGCAAUAGAGAAUGCAUCCUGAUCACAAUGUAACCUGAGUGUACUAGCAUCACUGGACUUGAUAUUGUUUCACCGCUUCUGACUACUACUGUUGUUGGUUCGUUGAGGAAUGAGGUGGAGGAGGGGAUCGAGGCGUAGGAAGGAGAGAUCCUAGUCAUCGUCGUCUGUACUUCUGUAAACAUUAGAAACUCAGAUCACAGGGAAUUCAAGUACUCGAAAGCAAAGGAAAUUUACAUAAUGACAAAAACAAUGUCCGAAUCUGCUGCCAUUUACUACACGUGUGGCACAAAUAUUACUCCCAUAUUUUGUUUUUGUAUAAGGCA